CGGCUGGGCGCACAGGCUCCGGCGCCGCCAGCCCUGCCGGCUGCGCCUCUGCCUCCCUGCCUGCGCCGCCCGCCUUUGUUUUGGCUCGGGGAACCGUCGCGGCAAGGCCUUCUUCUACCUUUUUUUUUAUUUAUUUUUUUUUUCCCCGCCUGCCCCCCUCCUUUUUAAUGUUUUUUUACUCCUGAUUUUGUAUCCUUUAUUUUUUUUUGCCUGCGCGUUUGCCCUCCCGUCGCUGCUGCGGCAGCCGGGCGCUGCCUGCUGGCUCAGGAUCCAUAGCCGCUAGCACAGCUGAAGACGACGGGAGUUGGUGGAAGGAGGAGACAAGCCUGGAGGAGCAGCGUUUUUCUAACCUUGCUUUAUCGCUGGAAAGGCCAGAGCAGCCUGUGCCAUCCUGAGCUUCUCUACCCUUUAGCAGCAAGGUAUUUCGGUGUUGGUUUAUUUUUUUUUUACCCCCCCUUUUUUUUUUUGGGGAAAGCUUGGCUUUUUAGUUGUUAUUUUUGCCCACCCCCCCCCCCUCCACCCCCCACCUCAUCCUCGCUGUUGUUGUACCAGCUGAGUCAUCAUGUCUGCUCUGACGCCUCAAAGCGACAUGCCAACCCCCACCACAGACAAGAUCACUCAGGCUGCCAUGGAGACCAUCUAUCUUUGCAAAUUCCGAGUGUCCAUGGAUGGAGAAUGGCUCUGCCUCCGCGAGCUGGACGACAUCUCCCUGACACCCGACCCCGAGCCUACCCACGAAGACUCUUGGGAGGAUUUGACAGAUGUGGUGGAGCAAUUGCGUGCUGAUACCGAAGAUCCUAAUUAUCUGAUGGCUAAUGAACGCAUGAACCUGAUGAACAUGGCAAAGCUGAGCAUCAAGGGCUUGAUUGAGUCAGCUCUCAACUUGGGCAGGACACUGGACUCAGACUAUGCCCCUCUGCAGCAGUUCUUCGUUGUGAUGGAGCAUUGCCUUAAACAUGGCUUGAAAGGCAAAAAGAGUUUUCUUGGGCAAAAUAAGUCAUUUUGGGGACCACUGGAACUGGUAGAAAAACUUGUUCCUGAGGCUGCAGAGAUUACAGCAAGUGUGAAGGAUCUCCCAGGGCUGAAGACACCUGUGGGGAGAGGAAGGGCCUGGCUUCGCUUGGCUCUCAUGCAGAAGAAACUUUCAGAGUACAUGAAAGCCUUGAUUAACAGAAAGGACCUUCUCAGUGAGUUCUACGAGCCCAAUGCACUGAUGAUGGAAGAAGAAGGUGCCAUCAUUGCUGGCCUCCUUGUAGGUUUGAAUGUCAUUGAUGCCAACUUCUGCAUGAAAGGAGAAGAUCUGGACUCCCAGGUUGGAGUUAUUGAUUUCUCGAUGUAUUUGAAAGAUGGGAACAGCACAAAAGGCAGUGAAGGAGAUGGUCAGAUAACUGCUAUUUUGGACCAGAAGAACUAUGUAGAAGAACUCAACAGACAUUUAAGUGCUACAGUAAACAACCUGCAGGCCAAGGUGGAUGCCUUGGAGAAGUCCAACACUAAACUGACCGAGGAGCUUGCAGUUGCAAACAACAGGAUUAUUACACUGCAAGAAGAGAUGGAAAGGGUUAAAGAAGAAAGCUCUUACAUCCUAGAGUCCAAUCGUAAGGUUGCAAAAGACAGAACUGCUGAUGGACAAGCCCUGACGGAGGCACGGAAACAGCUGAAGGAGGAGACUCAGCUGCGGCUGGAUGUGGAGAAGGAGCUGGAGGUGCAGAUUGGGAUGCGACAGGAGAUGGAGCUGGCCAUGAAGAUGCUGGAGAAAGAUGUUUGUGAGAAGCAGGAUGCACUGGUGGCACUCAGGCAGCAGCUGGAUGAUCUCAGGGCCCUAAAGCAUGAGCUGUCUUUCAAGCUGCAGAGUUCAGACAUGGGAGUCAAACAGAAGAGUGAACUAAACAGCCGCUUGGAAGAGAAAACAAAUCAGAUGGCUGCCACCAUCAAACAGCUGGAACAAAGUGAAAAGGAUUUGGUGAAACAGGCAAAAACCUUAAACAGCGCAGCAAACAAACUGAUCCAGAAGCAUCAUUAAAGACAUUUUUAUGUCUGGUCACCUCACAGCUCUGCCCAUCAGAACUCAUUUAUGAGGGGGAGAACUUGAGAAUUGCUAAAGAUGUUCAUUGUCACCUAGGGUUGAUUUUUGGAAUUUGCUGAAUUUUUAAAACCAGUGAGUUUGGGUUGUUUUGGUUUGGGUUUUUUUUUUUGCUCUUCAGAGAUUUAGAGUUGAGUAUAUAUAUGGGGGGGGGGAAAAAAAAGCAGCAGCAUCCUGAAUUUUGCCAUUUUAAACCAUGUCAAAGUAGCAAUGAGUUGGCCAAUAGGCACACCAGGGAAGCAUCAGGAGUGGGAGAUGUGUGGCUGUGCCCAUCCUGGUGAUGCAGACCCUGCACCAAAUCUUCAACAGCAGUGGCUCCGAGGUGUGUUGGUCAAGCCAACAGCAGGUUGGCCAACUCUGGAAGAGUCCAACUGGUUUUCUGUGUUCUUUCCCAACCCCCUCUUUUUUUUUUGUGAAGUAGACCCUCCCUCCCCCCCCCCAGAAAAAGGCAUCCCUGGAAGUUGUUGAAAGUAGUUGUGUGUGUGUCCCACUUCUGUUCCAUGGGUUGACCCCGAGUCCUAGACAGGGCUGUGACUCCGCUGCCAAGCUCAGCCCUCUGCAAGGAGGCUCCAAGGGUUUUGCCUUAGUGACUUGGUGGCAGGGUGGGGACUUCUCCUUGUUCCUUGAAAUGUCCUGUGUCCAGAAUUAGUAGCUAGGUGUCUUAGAGUAACAUGAUAGAGUGGUGAGUUCAGUGGAAACCUCCUUACCUUUGCAUUGCCUUCUACCUCUGCCAUGGACCCCUCUAGACGUUCGGUGUGGUUCUUCCCACAGCCAAGGAGAGAGAUGUCUUGGUAGCUCUCUCCUCUUCUUAGCAAGGGAAGGGUCACGAUUCACAGACCAAAAAGAAUCUGGUCUUUAUACUUUAGUGUUCAAAAGAAACACCACCAAAACCCAGGAGGAGCAAAACAGUGCAGUGGUGAGGAGUGGAAAUGGUCCUUUGGUAGCUGAGCAUUCCUCCUCUGAGCCGUCGGUGGGUGAGCAGGGGGAGCUGCUUUUUACUGCUGCACUUCUUGCACUUGCAACCCAGUUUCUGUUGCUCAAUCCCGGUGGAAUUUGCUACUGAAAGAAGGAGCUAAAGCUUGGAACAAGCUCUCAAUAGGACAACUAAUGGCCAAUUUAACACCCCAGUGCAAGACUUUAACUGUAGCUUACCAAUCCUCUUCCCUGGGGCUGCUGAGGCUCCCCUCGCUGGCCUAGGUCAGGCUUUAGGUUCUAAGCAUUCCAAGGGAUUUGGUUUCCUUUCCAGAAGAUGCUGUUUGGAGGCUUUCUGUGGUGACUAAGGGUUGGAGUUUCCCUCUGCUGAGAUGCCUGUAAAAAUCCUGUGGUGCCACUUCUCCCUUUGUCGUGCUCCUUGGGCAGUGGGUGGCAGCUGUGACUGAGACACAGCUGGGGAGACAACACCCAUGGGUUCUUGCUAGGUUGGUUUGAAGGUCUGUGAGGCUCCUGUGUGCAAGCCUGUCCCACCACUUGGUCAGUGGACAAAAGCAGGCUUGGAGACCUGUUUUAAACCUCUGCACCAUGCCCGAGUCACAUGCUUGAAAGUAUAAACCUAACCUUCAGUAACCUUUGCCUAGGAACUCAUUUUAACUACCCAGAAACAGAAGCAAACAGAGACAGGAAGCAGAAAGCUUCCAUCAGGGCACCCAACUGGUUAGAACAGCCAACUGCUCUGCCUCUCCCCUGUUUCUUCUGCAGGAGCAGGGGGUUGGGCUGGCUUUGUUUGCUGGCACCGUGGUGCUGGAAUAAGGCAGAACUGAGGGCCUGGAUAUACUGCUGCUGGCAGGCCCUGAGUGGAGGUGGUGCCCAGGCAUCGAGGGAUGUGGCCAUGGCUGCUGGCAGGCCCUGAGUGGAGCUGGUGCCCAGGCAUUGAGGGAUGUGACCAUGGCUGCUGGCAGGCCCUGAGUGGAGGAUGCCCAGGCAUUGAGGGAUGUGACCAUGGCUGCUGGCAGGGCCUGAGUGGAGAAUGCCCAGGCAUUGAGGGAUGUGACCAUUGCUGCUGGCAGACCCUGAGUGGAGGAUGCCCAGGCAUUGAGGGAUGUGACCAUGGCUGCUGGCAGGCCCUGAGUGGAGAAUGCCCAGGCUUUGAGGGAUGUGACCAUGGCUGCUGGCAGGCCCUGAGUGGAGGUGGUGCCCAGGCAUUGAGGGAUGUGGCCAUUGCUGCUGGCAGGGCCUGAGUGGAGGAUGCCCAGGCAUUGAGGGAUGUGACCAUGGCUGCUGGCAGGCCCUGAGUGGAGGUGGUGCCCAGGCAUUGAGGGAUGUGACCAUUGCUGCUGGCAGGCCCUGAGUGGAGGUGGUGCCCAGGCAUUGAGGGAUGUGACCAUUGCUGCUGGCAGGGCCUGAGUGGAGAAUGCCCAGGCAUUGAGGGAUGUGACUAUGGCUGCUGGCAGACCCUGAGUGGAGAAUGCCCAGGCUUUGAGGGAUGUGACCAUGGCUGCUGGCAGGCCCUGAGUGGAGGUGGUGCCCAGGCAUUGAGGAAUGUGACCAUGGCUGCUGGCAGACCCUCAGUGGAGGUGGUGCCCAGGCAUUGAGGGAUGUGGCCAUUGCUGCUGGCAGACCCUCAGUGCAGAUGAUGCCCAGGCAUUGAGGGAUGUGACCAUUGCUGCUGGCAGGCCCUGAGUGGAGCUGCCCAGGCAUUGAGGGAUGUGACCAUUGCUGCUGGCAGGCCCUGAGUGGAGCUGCCCAGGCAUUGAGGGAUGUGACCAUGGCUGCUGGCAGACCCUCAGUGCAGAUGAUGCCCAGGCAUUGAGGAAUGUGACCAUGGCUGCUGGCAGACCCUCAGUGCAGAUGAUGCCCAGGCAUUGAGGGAUGUGACCAUUGCUGCUGGCAGACCCUCAGUGCAGAUGAUGCCCAGGCAUUGAGGGAUGUGACCAUUGCUGCUGGCAGGCCCUGAGUGGAGCUGCCCAGGCAUUGAGGGAUGUGGCCAUUGCUGCUGGCAGGGCCUGAGUGGAGGAUGCCCAGGCAUUGAGGGAUGUGACCAUUGCUGCUGGCAGACCCUCAGUGCAGAUGAUGCCCAGGCAUUGAGGGAUGUGACCAUUGCUGCUGGCAGGCCCUGAGUGGAGGUGGUGCCCAGGCAUUGAGGGAUGUGACCAUUGCUGCUGGCAGGGCCUGAGUGGAGAUGAUGCCCAGGCAUUGAGGGAUGUGACCAUUGCUGCUGGCAGACCCUGAGUGGAGGUGGUGCCCAGGCAUUGAGGGAUGUGACCAUUGCUGCUGGCAGGGCCUGAGUGGAGAUGAUGCCCAGGCAUUGAGGGAUGUGACUAUGGCUGCUGGCAGACCCUGAGUGGAGGUGGUGCCCAGGCAUUGAGGGAUGUGGCCAUUGCUGCUGGCAGGGCCUGAGUGGAGGAUGCCCAGGCAUUGAGGGAUGUGACUAUGGCUGCUGGCAGACCCUGAGUGGAGGUGGUGCCCAGGCAUUGAGGGAUGUGACCAUUGCUGCUGGCAGACCCUCAGUGCAGAUGAUGCCCAGGCAUUGAGGGAUGUGGCCAUUGCUGCUGGCAGGGCCUGAGUGGAGGAUGCCCAGGCAUUGAGGGAUGUGACUAUGGCUGCUGGCAGACCCUGAGUGGAGGUGGUGCCCAGGCAUUGAGGGAUGUGACCAUGGCUGCUGGCAGACCCUGAGUGGAGGUGGUGCCCAGGCAUUGAGGGAUGUGACCAUGGCUGCUGGCAGACCCUGAGUGGAGGUGGUGCCCAGGCAUUGAGGGAUGUGACCAUGGCUGCUGGCAGACCCUCAGUGCAGAUGAUGCCCAGGCAUUGAGGGAUGUGACCAUUGCUGCUGGCAGGCCCUGAGUGGAGGAUGCCCAGGCAUUGAGGGAUGUGACCAUUGCUGCUGGCAGGCCCUGAGUGGAGAAUGCCCAGGCAUUGAGGGAUGUGACCAUGGCUGCUGGCAGACCCUCAGUGCAGAGGAUGCCCAGGCAUUGAGGGAUGUGACCAUGGCUGCUGGCAGACCCUCAGUGCAGAUGAUGCCCAGGCAUUGAGGGAUGUGACCAUUGCUGCUGGCAGGCCCUGAGUGGAGGAUGCCCAGGCAUUGAGGGAUGUGACCAUUGCUGCUGGCAGGCCCUGAGUGGAGAAUGCCCAGGCAUUGAGGGAUGUGACCAUGGCUGCUGGCAGACCCUCAGUGCAGAGGAUGCCCAGGCAUUGAGGGAUGUGACCAUGGCUGCUGGCAGACCCUCAGUGCAGAUGAUGCCCAGGCAUUGAGGGAUGUGACCAUGGCUGCUGGCAGACCCUCAGUGCAGAUGCUGCCCAGGCAUUGAGGGAUGUGACCAUUGCUGCUGGCAGGCCCUGAGUGGAGCUGCCCAGGCCAGAGUGCAAGCGCCCAGGCCCGCGCACUAACUCUCUAUUAGUAGCUAACCUCUGUGGCAAGUUCCAGUUCCCUGUGUAAAGCUGAGCUGUAACCUACAUUCAACUCCAGAUGCGACUGCAGCUCUGUGUGCUGGAGGUUUGCUUUGACCCUGGAUAAAAGUGAUGUUUUCUGUUUUUUCAUCUCCUGGCUGUAACCUGUAGUAAAAUAGAAUAAAAACGAUUGCAAAGCCGA